AUGCCUAGAGAAAUCAUCACGAUCCAAGCCGGCCAAUGCGGCAACAACGUCGGCAGUCAAUUCUGGCAACAACUCUGUCUUGAGCACGGAAUCAGUCAAGACGGAAAUCUAGAGGAGUUUGCGACCGAGGGCGGUGAUCGCAAAGAUGUCUUUUUCUAUCAGAGUGACGACACACGAUACAUCCCUCGAGCGAUCCUGCUGGAUCUAGAACCACGAGUUCUCCAUGCAAUCCAAUCCGGCCCCUACCGCAACAUCUACAACCCCGAGAACUUCUUCAUCGGACAAAAUGGUGUUGGUGCAGGAAACAACUGGGGUGCAGGAUAUGCUGCUGGAGAGGGAGUUCAAGAGGAAAUCUUUGACAUGAUUGAUCGAGAGGCAGACGGCAGUGACUCCCUUGAGGGCUUCAUGCUAUUACACUCGAUCGCCGGUGGCACAGGGUCUGGUCUGGGAAGUUAUCUCCUGGAACGGAUGAACGACCGAUUUCCGAAGAAGCUCAUCCAGACAUACUCUGUGUUCCCCGACAUGCAAACGACAGACGUCGUUGUCAAUCCAUACAAUAGUCUGCUCUCCAUGCGGCGCCUGACCCAAGACGCGGACUCGGUGGUUGUGCUCGAUAACGGUGCCCUAUCACGCAUUGUUGCAGAUCGACUUCAUAUGAGACCAGGCUCAGUUGACGAUACGACGAAUUUCGACCAGACCAACCAGCUGGUCUCGACGGUAAUGUCAGCAUCCACGGCCACACUACGAUACCCCGGUUACAUGCAUAACGAUCUCGCGGGAAUUAUCGCCUCUCUGAUCCCCACGCCCCGCUGUCAUUUCUUGCUCACUUCAUACACCCCAUUCACUGGUGACAGCAUUGAACAAGCCAAGACCGUCCGCAAGACCACUGUGCUUGAUGUCAUGCGUCGCCUUCUCCAACCAAAGAACCGCAUGGUCUCCAUGAUUCCCAGCAAAUCCAGCUGUUACAUUAGCAUUCUCAACAUGAUUCAGGGCGAGGCAGAUCCAACCGACGUACACAAGUCAUUGUUGCGUAUUCGCGAGCGUCGUCUUGCCUCCUUCAUCCCUUGGGGUCCAGCUAGCAUUCAAGUCGCAUUGACCAAGAAAUCACCCUACUUGCAACAUUCACACCGAGUCAGCGGACUGAUGCUUGCCAAUCAUACCUCUGUGGCUACACUUUUCAAGCGUAUCAUUCAACAGUAUGAUCGUCUGCGCAAGCGAAACGCUUUCUUGGAGCCUUACAGGAAGGAAGCUCCAUUUGCCGAAGGAUUCGGUGAAUUCGACGAGGCCCGGGCGGUGGUGAUGGAUCUCGUGGCCGAGUAUGAGGCGGCUGAGCGUGAGGAUUAUUUGGAUCCUGGCGCCGGUGCAGAAAAGGAGAUGUGA